AUGACUGAGGAGCAGAAGAAGACAUUAGAAGAGUCCAUCGCAGACUAUCAGGAGUCGGAGGAUGAAGAUUACAACCCGGAAGCUAAUGACGAGGGUAAUGACGAGGAGGAAGAGUUUGAAGAUGACCCAAAAUAUCGACAGCUUGAGCAGGGAGGGUUGAUCCAGACUCGAAGGCAAAGACAGGAGGAGAGACGCGAAAAAGCCUAUCAGAAGCCAGCAGAAUCCACAAUUGAUGUUGACUCCAUAUGGGAGGAGCUUAAUAAGCCAAAGCAGCAACCCAAAUCGGAACCAAAGAAGGAGGAUUCGAUCCCAUCAUCAACGGAAUCCGCAGACACAGAGAAGAUAAAGAUCACAAGGAGGUAUGAAUUUGCCGGCGAAAUGGUGACAGAGGAGAAAUGGGUGGAUGCAGACUCAGAAGAAGCUCGUGCUCACUUCAACUCUACGAAGCUCAAAGAGUCGAAAGAGUCGAGUCCUGAGAAAUUAUUACCAAAAAAGAGAGCACCUAAACGUAAAAGGGCCAGUCUUUUGGAUGACGUUAUUAAUAAUGCCUCGAGUGCCAAAUUAACUACACUGGAGAAAUCGCGACUGGAUUGGGCCACUUAUGUGGACAAGGCAAAAAUUGGAGACGAGCUGAAGUUCGAAAAUAAGGGUGGAUACUUGGACCAACAGGACUUCUUAUCCAGAGUGAGCCACAGGCAGGAUAAAAAUUACAAAGAAGCCAAGAAACAAGGCUGA